GCUUUUCCUUCUCUCGCUUGGACUUGGCAACGCCCAAUUACAAUCACUUAUUAGCACUGCCUGCUUCAAUCUUGUCGUACUAGUAGCAUACCGUCAUCCAUUUUCUCUGGCACAUUUUGUUCCGAGCCUGUUCCGAAUACAUACGAACAUCGUCUUCACAACAUGACAACUACUAACGACGCCCCCAAGCAGCCCGUCGUCUGCGUCUUUUGUGGCGCCUCGACCGGCACAUCACCCGUGCACAUGGAAGCUGCCCGGGCUCUUGCAACCGCCCUGCACAAGGCAAACACCAAGCUCGUCUACGGCGGUGGCACUGUAGGUCUCAUGGGAGAAGUAGCACGUACCCUCGUCUCGCUCUCAGGCCCUGACAGCGUCCACGGCAUCAUCCCCGCUGCCCUCACCCGCCUCGAGCAGAACCACGACCCUGCCGAUCCCGACAAGCACACCAUCGAUGAAUCCAUAUACGGACGUACCACGGUUGUCAAGGACAUGCACACACGAAAGCAAAUGAUGGCUCAGGAGGUCAUCAAGGGAGGCCCUGGUGGCGGCUUCGUGGCCCUAUCAGGCGGCUACGGAACGUUUGAAGAGCUCAUGGAGAUUACAACGUGGAACCAAUUGGGCAUUCACAGCAUGCCAGUCAUUGUCUUCAACGUCGAUGGAUACUGGACUGGACUGAUUGAGUGGGUCAAGAAUGCCGUCAAGAGCGGCUUCAUUGCGCCUACCAACGCUGGAAUUCUGUCCGAGGCUCUCACAGCUGACGAGGUCAUUACAUGCUUGAACGAGUACGAGAAUGCGCCCGGACGUUUUAACCUGACUUGGGAAGAAAACUAGGUUUUCCACCCGUUGUUUGUCGCGAGGCAGAAGGGAAAAGCGUGGAUCGACAGGGACCUAAAAUAUACAGUUUAGUGAUUGCCAUCUGGUUUGGCCAGAGGCUUGAAAUACGAUCUUCAAACAAUGCCAUGUUCAGCUCUGACAUGGCUAACCU